AUGAAUUCACGUAAUUCUUUCCAAGUGAAUUCUUCACCAGUAUUCCUGUUGAAAAUUAUCACUGUAAAUCAUGAACAGAUAAUAUAUCUCAGAAAAUCAGUAGAUCGUCUUUAUAAAAUCAGCUACAAUGAAGAUGGUCGAAAAGUUUGGAAAGCACAAACAGAGUCAUUGUUUAUAAAACAAAACAUUGAGUGUUUUGUAGAUGUGACAGUAGUGCUAAUCAAGAUAACAUCGACACCAGUACGUCUGAUACGAGUGAGCGGCCUCGGCCGAAACACAAGAUAUACACCUCGGCGGAGAGUGCGGAUAUACUGAAGAAGCACAUGAAGGCGCCAAUCUCUCCCCAAAGGCGCCACCCCUACAUGCGCAACCGCUAUGGGCAACGCCGGCCGGCGCACGCCACCAGGUCCAAGG